AUGGAUGCUACCCACUGUCUCCAUCGCCCCCCACCCACCAUACUAGGCACCACACCUGCGGACGCCAGCACCACCAACCCCAAGAUCCUCACAGCUCCCACUCACUGCCUCCACUGGGCCCAGCUCGACAUCCCUGCAUUCGACCAAUAUGCCCACGACACAUGCGCCUACCUCGAGGUUACGUACCCCACCAUAUAA